AUGAAAUUUCUUCGGAUACUGUAUUUAUUGGUCCUUCUUUUUGCAGGGCAAAGCAAAGCCGUUUUGGAAGCUGCUGAUGCGCUGCAAUUGAAGGACUUCAGUGGAGUAAUUACUGUUACCGAAGACAACUAUGAGGAAUUGAGUCGAGGGGUCCCCAACUAUUUCAUGGCACUUUUUAUAACUACAUCAAGACCUGUUAAAGAAGGCGUGCGGUGCGUCAUUUGUGAUGAUUUUGAGCCGAUACUACGCAAGGUUGCAGUAACAAUAUCGAAACAAGCUCCUCAUGCUCAAAUAUUGUUUUUGAAGGCAGAUGUUGCUUUCAAUAAGUUACUAGUAAAAGAUCUGAAAAUAUCUUCCAUUCCGCAUAUGUUAAUUUUCCCACCACCAGUAGAUGAUAAAUUUCAAUGGAAGAGCUCAUCAUUCUAUCAAUAUGAACUAAAGGAAGAACGGAUUCGUGAUGCCUUACAUUUUGGGGACUUUCUGGCUAAAAUACUAAAGGUUUUUAUUAAAGUUGAUCAGAAGUUUGAAUAUCAAGAAUUCUUCAGUUACUUCAUUGCUUGCAUUGUGAUAUUCUCGAUCUUCAAAAGAGUGGUGCUACCAAAGAUUCCAAAUAAACCUAAAUUCUUUUCAAUGCUAGUCUCUUUACUAAUUUUGCUGCUAAGUAUAACUGGUCUAAAAUUCACACAAAUAAACUCUGUUCCAUUCAUUGCUCGUGAUCCUAAGGGUAAUAUAAUGUAUUUCAGUGGAGGCACAGGAUGGCAAUUUGGUAUCGAAAUUUUGAGUGUAUCUGCCAUGUACAUCGUCAUGGGAGUACUAUUUUGCAUGAUGCUUUAUAUCCAUAGCUUCAGUAUGAAUGAUCGCUUAAGAUGGGUAUUAUCUGCAGUUUGCUCGUGCUUAUUAUUCUACCUCUGUUCAUAUUAUGUUUCCUGUUUUGACAUCAAGAGCCCAGGCUAUCCUUAUAAAUUCUAA